GUCAGAAAAUGGAGGUGCCACUGAGAGCAGCUGUGUGUGAGAGCCACUCAGUAAAAGUCUAAAAAGAGCUACACAGACAGCAGGACUAGCAAAGCCGGGCAUCCACCUCCCGACACUCUGCGGAGCCUGCUUCCUGAUUAGGCAGGAACAGGAAGGUAGUGCACAACAUGUGACUGCACUGGAGGAUCGCUCAGACAUGAGGAGCAGCAGCAGCCCAGAAGGUCCAGCAGCAGCAGGCAUCCCAUAUCGAGGAGCAGUGUCUUCAGGGCGUCAGCAGCAGAUAAGAUGGCGAAGGGCCCAGCAGCAGAUAAGGUGGCGAAGGGCCCGGCACCACUCUUUCACUGCCAUACCGGGGACCAGCGCCACAAGCAGCACCCCUGGACCAAUUCCUCCGCCGCCGGCAUUUGCGCACUCGCCUCGUCCUGUCCAGCAACGCUCGCAGUUGGAGGACGCAGGCAGCCUUCCAGGUCCCAGCACAGCAGGAGGACACUGGAGAGGAAGGCGCAGCCCUCCCCAAAUCCAGCCGGAGGAAGCCAGGCCAGCCAGCCCCUCAGGCCCUAGUACAGACAGUGUACAUUCCCCCAUACUACCAGAGGAGGAAUCUGAGGAGUGGCCCGAGACUCCUGCACUACCAUCUCCAUCGUUUUCCAUGGUGACAUCGGGCUCAUCCACCCCAACUAGUUCUCUGACCUAUUCACCGGGACUGGCGGACCCGGCUCGUCCCGUGCUACUCCGGAGAAUCCGCCAGUUGCUGUCAAUAGCAAAUAGAUUAUUUUAUCGAAUUGUUGAUAAUUUUUAAAAUUAAUUUAUUUUGUUUUGUUUUUGUUUAGUAUAAUAAUAAUAAUUUGUAUUUGGCGGUG